CUGUGUGGACUCACUCUGUGUCUCUGUGUGGACUCACUCUGUGUCUUUCUGUCUUCACAGUCACGAUGACCGCUGCACCUUACAACUACUCCUACAUCUUCAAGUACAUCAUCAUCGGUGAUAUGGGAGUCGGGAAGUCUUGUUUGCUGCAUCAGUUCACAGAGAAGAAAUUCAUGGCGGACUGUCCUCACACCAUCGGCGUGGAGUUCGGGACGAGGAUCAUGGAGGUCCACGGUCAGAAGGUGAAGCUGCAGAUCUGGGACACGGCCGGUCAGGAGCGCUUCAGGGCCGUCACCAGGUCCUAUUACAGGGGGGCCGCCGGGGCCCUCAUGGUCUAUGACAUCACCAGGAGAAGUACUUAUAAUCACCUGAGCAGCUGGUUGACAGACGCCAGGAACCUGACCAACCCAAACACAGUGAUCAUCUUGAUUGGUAACAAGGCUGACCUGGAGGCUCAGAGAGACGUGACGUACGAAGAGGCCAAACAGUUUGCUGAAGAGAACGGUUUGCUGUUUCUAGAGGCCAGCGCUAAGACAGGGGAGAAUGUUGAAGAGGCCUUCCUGGAAGCAGCAAAGAGGAUCUACCAGAACAUCCAAGAUGGCAGUCUGGACCUGAAUGCUGCCGAGUCGGGAGUCCAGCACAAACCGUCUGCACCGCAAGGAGGUCGUCUGAACGCCGACAGCCAGCCGGCCAAAGAAGGCUGCAGUUGCUAACCACAGACAGAAACUACAGACCCAUCAGACGGACGGACACAGAUAACACAGAGAUCCUCUCCACCAGACACCAACAUGCGUCUUCUAUCCAGACUGCAUCAACCGGAUUUAGCUCCAGAACUCAAACCAUUACCCAAAACUAGAUUCAACCACCCCCCACCUAAUCAAAUAUUUACCCUCAGGACACCCUCAGCCGACUCCAUAAACCUACAACUACCACCUCUGGAUCAGUGUUGGACAACUACCAAAUCAGGACUGUCCUAGACCUGAACUGGAUCCCUGUCUCCACAAAAUGUGUCUCACAGGUUAGCUCACAACCACUCCUGAUCCACACCUAGCCCAAGAGACCAAUGAAGAUACGUUUAAAUAUGGACCAACUUGGAGCCCAAAUUUGGGUUGCCUUUGUUCCAAGUCAGGGCUUAAGCUGGUCCAUCCAAUCUGGACUGCUCUAACCCCACAAUCCUUUUCCAAAAGACUGGACUGACCUUUGAACCACCUUCUUCUGGAGUGCCGUUGGCCUGAUCCAAGUGAGGGAAGUUCAACUUUAGGACAAGCCUGGUCUCAAGUUCAACACAUUGAUAACUCAAAAGACAAAUAAAGAUACAAGGCUCAAAUUUUAACCAGCCUACAGCCCAAAACUGGACACCUCACCAACAGGGGUCGCCUUAUUUCUAAAUCUGGACAUUGCAAUGGACAUAUUCAGAGCAUAGGCUUAAGAUGUACCACCACAGUCAAGACUGCCUUCAGUCUACAUCCAGGCAUGCUUGACCCAAAGGAAGGCCAAGGAUCAUCAUUCUAAACCCAAAAAAGACAUUUUCUGGACUAACCUCUGGACCUGUUAGUCCAAACUUCCCUGUCCUGCAAAUGUGGACGACCCUUCAAAUUCAGAAACUCCUUCGGAAUCCAGAAAAUCCAGAUCCAUCGUUGUCUUUAAAAUUCAAUAACCCGGACUUCUCCCUCUGCUCAAGCUCAUGCUCUUCAUCCAUCCGCACCGUGUUGGUAAUCUGGAUCAGAAGAUGCGUUUACGCUCGAGUUGUAGAGACUUCUUGAAUCGGUUCUUGUGGGUCAGAUGAUGAGUUUCUGGAGGCAUUUCCAGCUGUGUUCACACCUGAAGCUGGUGAUGCAGUUUUAUAAAUGCAGGUUAAAGGGGAACUCCACUGAUUGCACAUUCUUAGACGAGCCUCUAAAGAUGUUUGUGUAACGUCUUUCUAAAGUCAGGUUUGACCCAUAUUAUGUACUAAGUCAGGAUAAUUCUGCCUGUGCUUCAGUUCUGAGCCGUCUUUCUCGUAAAUCCCCCAAACUUUCUGAAAGUUCCCACGUCGGCCUACGCCUAAAUCACUGGAGUACCUCUUUAAUCCUUCGCUUAAAAAGACCGUGUAAUGGUUCCAGAAUAGGAUCUCGGUACACGUAGACAUUAACAUAUUUCACACACAAGUUUGUACAUGAAAAGCAUUAAAAUGUCUUCACGGGUCCAAAACUGACCUGUGGAAACCCAACAAGAAUCCAACGUGGAUAGAAAUCCAUUUUUAGAAAGAGACAAUCUGAAGAGUACCUGUGGACACCGAGACCGACCAAAUUAAAGCGAUUCGGACCAAGCCUUACUUGGGUCCUGGGGUCAGGUCUUUGGACCCUUGAAGACCUCUCACAAACAUAUAUAUCUAUUCACAGUCUACCCAGUAACCAAACCUACCUUCUCUGCAUCUCAACACUUUGCCUUUUUAAAACCAUUUUAACUGAAUAACUUUGAAUUCAAUUUUGGCGACUUUGAAUAUUGAUCGUUCUGUGGAGAGACUAAAGCAACUGAUCGACGAUGAAGGAAUGACUUACCUGAACCAGAAUGUCACGACUCAAGUUCAGGAUAGAUUUUUAUUACAUUUUUCUUGUUGAUGUUUUUUUUUUUCUAACGUGUUUCCAAAUAUAUAUAUACAGUAUAUUUUCGAUGUGACAGCUCCCCCUUGUGGACAUUUUCUUGCCUCCCUCCUUGUUUAAGUGAGGGAAGAAAAAUGACCCAAGUGGAAGCAACGCAGAUUGUUUUUAAUUUAUUACUGCCUGUUUUUGUUUUGUUCAUUCGGUUUUCUCUUCGACGUUAGGCCGGGAUAAUUACACUCUACUUGAAUGCAUUUUUUCCUGGUUGAUCACAGCUGCAAUGAAUGCGUCACGAGUCUUAACUUCCUCAUAGUUCACGUGGAAACUGAACAUUGUUUAUUUCUGCAAAAGUUAUGAAACAAUAAGUGAAAUGCCUUCCAGUGAAACGUUUCCUGUAAGCAUGAGCCAGUUCAGCUCAACUCAAGGUCCGCGCCUUGAAGUCCUGAAGUGCUUUAACCUUUCCUCCAAAUGAUUAAAUGUAAAGUUAAACUGGUGUUUAGAGUUUCCAAUUCUCCCAGUAGAACUGAUCGGUCAGUAAAUUUUGUUCCAUUUGAAGCAUUCCAGCGCUAAACUAAACACGCAAACUUAAACACGUCACAUUUGAUUCAGUGUUCGAUUAAUCGAUUAACACAGCUUUGACCUGAUUCUGCUUUUCAAUGUCCAAUUUACACUAAAUGGAUUAAACUUCCAGUUUAUGUGCAGCACAAAUAAAAAAAGCCUGAGAAAUGUUUCCUAUCGAGGUCCCAGAAGCAACAAAUGUCACCAACAAACUGUUCAGUUAAUCAAAUUAUAAAUUAUUACACAUGUAAAAAGUUUAAUAAGUUUUUUUUUUUUACGUGUUUAUAAAAAUUUUAAAUUUUGAGAUGAAAGUAAAAAAAUAGACAAAUAUUAAUUAAAGUAAAAUUUAGAAUUAUAAAGGCACCAAUGGUGAGUCAGAUAUUUUUAACAAGAUAAUGUCACCAACUCAUAAUCACAAUUAAAAUUCCAACUUCUGACAAAAAUCUUAGUCAAAUUUUAAAAUUUAUACGUGAUCAUUUGGUCGGAAUGUUUCGCCAUUUUUUAUUAUUGCCAGUCGUUUGUUGUAAUUUGUUCGUUAGGAUAAAAUGAGUUUUUCAUUAUUUAAAUCUUAAAUUAAAAUGACUGAACUCUCUUAUGUACAAACUCAGUUUCUCAACUUAAGCGUGACAUUUGUCUCCUCUGGGACUCCGUACUCUUGUUGCUGUGGUACCACUUUGAUACCGCGGUCCAGAUUCUGGCCCGGUGGAGUCUUGCUCAGAUCCGUGUACAUAUCCAGUCAAAGCUGAAGUGUUAAAGCUUGUUCAGACCAGUUCUGUUGGUGCAUCCGGAGAACUUAAAACACCCAAACUGGUUUUCAAACUGUGUCCACGUUUGUCUGAACGGGGGUGUGAUUUUACUCUUGGCUGUCCUCUUAUUGGUGGACAGCAGCCUUCUUCAACUGUGAUGCUUGAUUUCUGAAUGAAACAACACACGAGACUCUGUCCUCGUUGCUUUUAUCACUUAAUAACCCGCACGUCGCAUUCGCUGUCGAGCAAAAACAUUUUUUUAAUGAGAUUGUUGAAAUUUCUGUGUUUUUUAAAUUUUAGUUUCCAAUGUGUCACAGAAGUCAACAAGAAGUCAAACUCUAAAAGUUUUGUUGUGGCCGCCGCCUUAAGCGUCUCUUCUCACCAAAGCAUCAAGUUGAAUAAAUAAGAGUAGCAGUGAAUGGACUGUAGGGGGCAGUGCUGUCGAUUUUAAAUACGUCCCACCAAAUUCUUAAAUUUGAUCGUUGAUCUCGGAGGACGUCUACAAACAUAACGGCUACAUUUGUUUUUAGAACGAUAAAUACUUGGAACAAAAAUUGAAGUAAGUUUGUAGCAAAAGCAGCGUUUGACUCAGCCAGAUGGGGGCGCUGUAAAUCAGGCACUCACACAAUGAUCCCGCCGCCUGGCUGUAACACGCUCUGUACGUUUUAUUCUCUUUCUGUAACGUCUGAUUUUUUUUUUCUGUCUGCUGAAGUAACAAACGUGCUUCUUUUACGAUUAUUUAUGUUCUAAAUCUGUAAUUAUUUUCUUCAGCUGUACCUUUUCAUUGUACGACCAUGGGGAUUCAGUUCUUUGUAAAUAAAGUAUAUAUACUGUA